UAGCCGACCAUACCCCGGAGCAAGGGGGAGGAGAUAGAGGUGGUAGCGAGCUGGCUAUGUAGCCGGCUUAAUGGCAACACUUUAGCCACAGCGUGACUGUAUCAUGCAUACACUAGGAUUUUUCUUCCUCUAGACUGUUUGCUGAAAUUAGUUGUAGGACAGGUCCUAAAAUAAUCUGCAGCGAAGACUUCACAGUGAAUGUAUCGAAUAUUAUCGGCCAGGCAAUAGGGUCGGUCGAUAUGGCGUAACGGUUCAGAUAUCAGUAGGUUAGUACGGCGGCCAAAGGCGAGAAGAGCGUUGCCCUCGCAAUAUAAAUCAAAACACUCAAGCGAACCAUCGACUUCAAAAGCAUUUCGCCUCUCGGAAAUAAAAUUGCUGAAGCAGCGAACCGACAGGCAGCACGUCGGGCGGGAGUCAUAUUCUGAUUCGGACCAAGACAGAGGACCAUACGGCAGAAGCGGGGAGGACACACACACAUCAAUUUGUCUUGCUUGACGCACGUUCUCAUUUCUUGCAGAUAUCCCGAAUACGGAAUAAGACAAAACGCAAAGAGAAUGUGGAACAAUUCUCGACUUGAAGGCUACCACCAGGACCAAACACAUUGAUUUCCCCUUGAUCCGACCGACCGGGCCGCAGAACGGGACGCCGCAACAACCAAAUAAGCCACCCAGGCCUCUGCUGGUUAUGAGCAGGGGGUUGGGAGGGAGGUGUGGGGAGUUAACAAACAUACCACCCACGGCUGUAUCGUAGCCCUCUCUUUCCUUAUGUAUCUGUUUUAUUAACAUUGACCGUAACCACUAGCAAGUCCAUUUUCAUUCCCAGAAUAUCCCCAAAACUAGCCUGCUUAAAAACAAAUGCAGCAUUUGACCACAUACUGCAUUAGCAUAACAUUACUACCAGCAUAACAGUAUUAUUAGCAUAACAUUACUAACAUUUGUGUUCUAUUGACAAUACUUACACGCUGCCACGCAUUUUAAUGCUAUACCUUCAGCCAUCUAGCAGCAAGUGAUAGUUGGAAACUCUGCUGCAAUAGCUUUGAAAGUACCCUGCAUAGAUCAGUCAUUCAACCUUUCCCACUUGUCAAGUGGUUUUAGGGCAGUAGUGAGGCACCUGUUGAGACACACACACACACACACACACACACACACACACACACACACACACACUCUGGGACCAUGCUGAGCAUCCUGGCUGCCGGCUCCAUCUUCUUCCCGGGCCUGUUCCUGCUGUCUAAGAGAUGCCUGAAACAGGCCCCAGGCCUGGGCUUGAGCGAGGGAGACGCCACCAUCGUGUCUGCCAGGCUGGUGUCAUCCAUCCAAGCCAUCAUGGCUUCCUCAGCUGGCUACAUCAUCGCAUCCUCCUGUGAGGACAUCAUCGAGGAUCAACACUGGCUUACCAGUACCUACAUCCUGUUUGCGGUGCCCUACUUUGCGUAUGACAUCUACGCCAUGUUCCUGUGCUACUGGCACAAGCUGCAGGUCAAAGGGCACGAGGAAGAGGGCGGCAGGCCUAAGCCAAUGGGCUCGGCAGUGGCCAGCUACCUGCGCAGAGAGUUCCUCAUGGUGCUGCACCACGUCGUCAUGGUGACCAUCUGCUUUCCCGUCUCCGUGUUCUGGAGGCAGGGAAAGGGGGAUUACUUCCAGGGUGUCAUGUUCAUGGCUGAACUCAGCACUCCGUCCGUCUGCCUGGGGAAAAUCCUCAUCCAGUACAAGAAGCAGCACACUCUUCUUCAUAAAGUGAAUGGCGCUCUCAUGCUGGUCACUUUCUUCAUCUGUCGAGUUCUGCUCUUCCCCUACCUCUACUACGCCUACAGCAGGUAUGCCUCCAUCCCCCUCUACACAGUGCCCUUUGGGGCUCCCUGGCAGUACAACGUGGGGGCCUUCUGUCUCAUGGCCCCACAGGUCUACUGGUUCACCCUCAUCUGCAGGGGCGCCUUCCGCCUCUUCACCGGGGCCUCGCGCUCCCGGCCCCCGGCUGCACUCAACAAGCCAGAUGGGGGCUGCUGCCCCGGCCAGGGAGCCCCUUUACCUCCCCCAGCCAACGGCUACAGUCCCGUCCCCCACCAGGCAGACAGAGAGACCGACACGCACUGAGAAAGAGGGAGGCAGAGAUGGAGAGGAAGAGAGAUCACUGUGGGGACGGGGCCAGCCAGACCAAGCCGGGGGAGGGAAGACCAAGGUCUGUCAAGGGAAUCUAUUGUAUUGUAUUGCAAUGACACUGUAACCUAGGAGAGAGGGAGAGAGAGAUUGUUUCUCAUCCUCUACCACUCUCUCCCUCCCUCCAUUGUCCCUUUAGAUUUACACGGACCUCUGGAGGAAGAGAGAGACAGAUUGAAAGAGGAGAGGGUAAAGAAAGAAAUUAAUAAGAGAGAGAUGGAAGCAUAGACAGGAGAAAGACUUGUGAAAGGGCAAGUAUUUAAAUAUUAUGUGUCUGUACACACUGAUUUCAAACAAUGGGGGAAAAAAUGAAUGGAUUGAAAAGCAAAAGGAUGAGAGAACACAUUGAAGAGCAAUAGUGAUAGAGUGAUGCAGAGAAGAAUACAGGCGGAUUGCAGAGAAGAAUACAGGCGGAUUAAGCAGGAGUGAUAAUCUUAUUUGACUGAGUUAAAGGAAUAGAUAAAAAGUAUUCUUCUCUUGAAAGAGAUUCAACUGCUGUUCUAGAUUAGGGAAGGAUACAAAAUGAAUAUCAAUGUAUAGAAAUGUAGUAAAUGAUUAUUUGGUGACCAGUUGAUUUUGGUGACUGCAAAAAGGGGGACAAAGACAAUACCAGUAUUUCAACUUGUGAUCCUGGUACUGUAUUAUUUGUCCACCAAGAUGAUCCACUCUGGAUUGAUUUGAGUGGGUCUUGGGAAAUGACAGAUGGACACGCAACAGCGCCUCUGGUAUCGCUUCGUUCAGCCUUCUCUCCCCUCUGAAAUUGUCUUUCUCCCUUUUUCUCCUGUUAGAAAACUAAUGUGGGAGGAGGGGAAGGGGGUUUAUAAUAGAUGAGUAAAUGUCAUUUUAGGUUUUUAUAUUGCUCUCAUUCAAAGCAUUUAUUUAUUUAUUAAUGUUGAUCGUUUUUUUUUUAUUUAUGUGUUGUGAUUUCCUCUUGUACUCGCUCCCCACUUCAAUCAAAAGAGGAGAGGAAGAGAGAGAGAGAUUGAAUGUUGGAGAGAUUCAUAGAGGGGGAGAGAAGGGAGGAGUAGUAGACUCAAAUGGGACAAUGAUGCAGCUACGCUGUCCCAGUCAGCCACCCAAGUUGAGUAACGCUGGAAGGCAGUCUUCAAUACACGACUGGGUGGGUCUGUGCAGCUUACCAGAUCUUUGCAUUACCUGGAGAGGUGUUUAAUGUCUCAGACCCCCCCCCAUCAACAUGAUAUAAUGAUCGGGAACACUGCUAUCAUCACCAUGGGUCUGUAAUGUUAGGGAAGGCUGUUGUGGAAUGAAGGUCUCCUGCAGCCUAAACAAGAUAACCACAUUUUAGAAUCUAGAUGCAUUCUACAGGCGUUCUACAGUCCGCUGAUGUAAGGGAUUCCUAGAUGAUCUGAAGCAGUAUUGUGAAGGAUUUAGAGAAAGUAAGUUGUUGUAGUGUGUUCAACGGUAUGGAUGGAAUUUGAAGUAGGUUGCACUGGCAACUGUGGUACUCUCUCUUUUAUGCAUUGAGGGAUUUGUGCGAUAGGACCGAAGAAGAAACACAUUGACAAUGCACUGAGAGAAGGGACUGAUAAGGUUGGAUGGGGGUGGGGGGGCAAAUACAGCUUCCAAGUUCUCAUUUUUCACCACUAUUUCAACCACUAUUUUGUUUUAUUUGGGAUUUUAAUUAUGUUUUGGUGCCGUUUACUCAUGUUGUGCAAUGGCACCAAUGUAGCUAUCUACUGUAUCUAAGGUUGUUUCAUAAACGCCAUUUGGGACGAAGCCUAAGUCAAGAGGGUUGAAAUGUGGUCCUUGAAGCUCAAUCCCAAGGUGAACAGACCUUGAACACUUGACCACUGCCUUGGGUUGUGACUUGGAGUUGGUUGACAUUGGGACUCUACUAGCCUGGUCCCAGAUCUCUCUACCGGUACAUGGAAGAAAAGUGAACAUAGGGACUACUGUAUAAUACGCUGGACUAUACUUAUUGCAUCAGGCUGUUUUCUGCUGUAUAGCUGCAUGAUAGGAAUGAGAGAAUGGCUUUUUGACCAUUGGCCAAUAUUAACCUGGGAACACUGUAACACUUAACUUAGUUACUAUUUACAAUGGUCAGUUAUGGUACUGUUUAAAAUGGCUUAUUGAGGACUUAUUCAUCUCCGCACCCAGAACCAAAUCAGUUACUCGAUUUUUAACAUUUUGUUAUGUUUAUGAUAUUUUUUAAAUUUUCAUUCAUGCUUUAUAACUGAUUUAAAGGUACAUUGGCAAAUUGUACGAUCAACAUUAUUUUCCAUGCCAAAAAGUAGACCGGCAAGGGGUAUAAACUGUGGAGUUGAUCAUACAAAUCAAAUGAUAUUCCUCCAAAAUGAAUUAUGUUCACAAAUGUCAGUUGUAACAAAGAUUAGGGUCGAAGUUCAGCUUUACAGCGUGAUUGAAAUGUAAAGGCAGUGUUCCUCAUCUGACUGAAAGAGGUCACUGAAACUGCCACUGAAUAUCAUUUGCACUCGAUUGCAAAGUUUAGUUCCAGAAGAUGCGCGUUGAGUGAGUGAGAUGGGUGUUGGAGUUAAAAGACAAGAUGGUGGUGAUUUAAGCCAAAACUGUAUCUUCUUCUAGUGUCUAGUGUUGCAACUGACCCCCUUUAGUCUAUUAUAAAUGAUGCCUUCAUGUUAAACCCUAUGAGCAAAAAAAUGUCUUUUCACCAGUUUUUCUCACUGGGAAGUGUUAACUCCCAAAAGAAGAAAACAUUCAUUUUACCAGUUUACAUGUCCUCUGUCAUGGAACGUAUUACAAAAACAAAUCUUCCAUAUUGUUUGUUUUAUUUUAUUAAUUUAUUUUAAUGUCUCUGUUAUUUAUUGAAUGGGUUUGAAUGUACAUACGAAUACAUGUAUACAUUUAUAUAUAUCCUGUACGUAUGGGAUUGUUGACUGCUGCCUGACUAACCGUGGGCUCUACUGUGUAAACUCCUGUCUGUAUCUGAAAUGGCAACCUGUUCCCUACAUCGUGCACUACUUUUGACCAGAGCCUUGUUAAAGUAGUACACUACAGUAUGUAGGGAACACUGGGGUGCCGUUUUGGACGCAGGACUGUUCUGUUGGCUAACAUGUACUCUGCUCUCCUCUUCUGCUCUGACUACCAACAUGACAUCAUGACUCUACCGUUCUAGCACCACUGCACUGCUUUUCAAAAUAAGCACCAGUCUCAUCGUGGUGAAGAACUUUGAGUGAAGUUUUGCUUUACAUGCAACAGAUUGACAAAUAAAAUCCUCCCCAUUGUUUGUGCAUAAA